AUGGCGGCGUACAGCCUGGCUGCCCUGCUGCUGCUGACGAGCGGCCUCGGCUCGGUCCGCUGCCUGGACACAAACAACAACAACGACAACGACAACAACAACAAUGGCGUCCCGGCGGAACCGCCGAACCCCGCCGGCCCGAAGGCGGCCGAGCCGCCGGCCCGGGAGGCUCCGCCCGCGGCCGCCGGGGCCUCGCCGCCCCGCCGGGCUCCGGGCUGGAGGCUGGCGGACGAGGAGGUGUGCCGGGACGACCUGAGCCGCCUCUGCCCCAAACACACCUGGAGCAACAACCUGGCCGUGCUGGAGUGUCUGCAGGACCGGAGACAGGAAACUGAAAUUGCUACUGAGUGCAACCAUCUGCUGUGGAACUAUAAGCUCAAUCUGACUGUGGAUGUGAAGUUGGAGUCGGUGGCGUUGGACGUCUGCAGGAGCUCCCUCUCUGAGAUUAAGGAGUGUAACGAGGAGGAGCGUGGGCGGGGCCUCCUGGUGUCCUGCCUGGUGGAUCACCGUGGCAACAUCAGCGAGUACCAGUGCAGCCAGUACAUCACCAAGAUGACGGGCAUCAUCUUCAGCGACUACCGGCUCAUCUGCGGCUUCAUGGACAGAUGCAGAGACGACAUCAACGCGCUGCACUGCGGCAGCGUCAGCGUGGGACACAAGGACGUGCACUCCCAGGGCGAGGUCAUUUCCUGUCUGGAGAAGGCGCUGGUCAGGGAGGCGGAGCAACAGGACCGGGCUCAUCCAAUCAGAGAGGAGUGUAAGAAGGCCAUCCUGCGCGUGGCGGAGCUGUCGUCCGACGACUUCCACCUCGACCGCCACCUGUACUUCUCCUGCCGCGACGACCGCGAGCGCUUCUGCCAGAACAUGCAGGCAGGAGAAGGGAAAGUCUACAAAUGUCUGUUCAACCACAAGUUUGAAGAGGCCAUGUCAGAGAAGUGUCGGGACGCCCUGACCACGCGGCAGAAGCUGAUCUCUCAGGAUUACCGGGUCAGUUACUCUCUGGCUAAAGCCUGUAAGCUGGACCUGAGGAAGCAGCGCUGCAGCCUGGACGCCAGCCUGCCGCGCGCCCGCGAGGCCCGCCUCUCCUACCUGCUGCUCUGCCUGGAGGCCGCCGUGCACCGCGGGCGUCCGGUCAGCGGUGAGUGUCAGGGCGAGAUGCUGGACUACCGGCGGAUGCUGAUGGAGGAUUUCUCUCUGAGUCCGGAGAUCGUGCUGCACUGCCGCGGCGAGAUCGAGGCUCACUGCUCGGGGCUGCACAGGAAGGGCCGCACGCUGCACUGCCUGAUGAGGGCCGGCCGCGGCGAGCGCAGCGGCACGGUGGACAGCCUCUGCCAGAGCGCCCUGCAGGCGCUGGUUCAAGCUGCAGAUCCUGGAGCCGACUAUCGUAUCGACCGAGCGCUGAACGAAGCCUGCGAGUCCGUCAUCCAGACCGCCUGCAAACACAUCCGCAGUGGAGACCCCAUGAUCCUGUCAUGCCUCGUGGAGCACCUGUACACAGAGAAGAUGGCGGAGGACUGUGAACAUCGCCUGCUGGAGCUGCAGUACUUUAUCUCCAGAGACUGGAAGCUGGACCCCCUGCUGUACAGGAAGUGUCAGGGCGACGCCGCCCGGCUCUGCCACACACACGGCUGGAACGACACCAGUGACCUGAUGCCGCCCGGCGCCGUUUUCUCCUGUUUGUACCGACACGCAUAUCGAACUGAGGAACAGGGCCGCCGGCUGUCCCGGGACUGUAAGAUGGAGGUGCAGAGGAUCCUCCACCAGAGGGCGCUGGACGUCAAACUGGACCCUGAGCUGCAGAAACGCUGCAUGACCGACCUGGGCAAGUGGUGCAGCGACAAGACCGACACGGGACAGGAGCUGGAGUGUCUUCAGGAUCAUUUGGAGGAUCUGGUGUCGAGCUGCAGGGAUGUCGUGGGAAACCUGACAGAGCUGGAGUCUGAGGACAUCCAGAUCGAAGCUCUGCUCAUAAGAGCCUGUGAGCCCGUUAUCCAGGCCCACUGCCAUGAUGUAGCAGAUAACCAGGUGGACACAGGUGAUCUGAUGGAGUGUUUGGUCCAGAACAAACACCAGAAGGAGAUGAACGAGAAGUGUUCAGUGGGAGUCACACACUUCCAGCUGGUUCAGAUGAAGGACUUCAGGUUCUCCUAUAAGUUCAAGAUGGCGUGUAAGGAGGAUGUUCUGCGGCUCUGCCCAAACAUCAAGAAGAAGGUGGACGUGGUGCUGUGUCUCAGCUCGGCUGUGAGGAACGACACGCUGCAGGAAGCUCGAGAGCAGAGAGUCUCACUCAAGUGUCGCAAACAGCUGAGAGUGGAGGAGCUGGAGAUGUCAGAGGACAUCCGGUUAGAACCGGAUCUGUAUGAUUCCUGUAAGUCCGACAUCAGUCGUCUGUGUUCCAGCGUGGCUUUUGGGAAUGCUCAGAUGAUAGAGUGUCUGAAGGAGCAGAAGAAGUUGCUCAGUGUUCGCUGUCGUCAGAAGAUUUUCCGGCUUCAGGAGGAGGAGAUGAGCGACCCGGAGCUCGACUACCAGCUGAUGAGAGUCUGCAAGCAGAUGAUAAAGAGGUUCUGCACCGAGGCCGACACCCGGAACGUUCUCCAGUGUCUGAAACAGAACAAGAACAGUGAGCUGAUGGAUCCCAAAUGUAAACAGAUGAUCACCAAGAGGCAGAUCACCCAGAACACAGACUACAGGCUGAACCCGGUGCUGAGGAAGGCCUGCCACGCCGACAUCCCCAAGUUCUGCCAGGCCGUCCUGAACCAGGCGAGCGAGGACAGCGAGCUGGAGGGCCAGGUCGUCGCCUGCCUCAAGCUCAAGUACACCGACCAGCGUUUGUCUCCAGACUGUGAGGACCAGAUCAGAGUCAUCCUGCUGGAGUCAGCACUCGACUACAGACUGGACCCCCAGCUGCAGGUCCACUGCACUGAGGAGAUCUCCAGGUUGUGUGCAGAGGAGGCGGCGGCUCAGGAGCAGUCUGGGCAGGUGCAGGAGUGUCUGAAGUACAACCUGCUGAAGAUCAAACAGGACACCUGUAAGAAGGAAGUGCUGAACAUGCUGAAGGAGAGCAAGGCGGACAUCUUCGUGGAUCCGGUCCUGCACACGGCCUGCGCUCUGGACCUGAAGCACCACUGUGCCGCCAUCCCGCCGGGCAGAGGACGCCAGAUGUCGUGUCUGAUAGAGGCAUUACAGGACAAGAGAAUCCGCCUGCAGCCGGAGUGUAAGAAGAGACUUCAGGACCGCAUCGAAAUGUGGAGCUACGCCGCCAAGGUGGCGCCAGCGGAGGGUUUCUUAGACCUGGUGCUGCAGGUGAUGGCGUCGCCCUCUAAGAACUACAUGAUACUGGUGCUGGCUCUGAGCGUGUGCAUGCUCUUCCUGGUCGGCCUGCUGUGCGGCCGUAUCACCAAGCGCGUGACCCGGGAGCUGAAGGACAGGUAGAGGUCGCACGCCCGCAUGCCUCAGAAAAGACUGGCUCCUCCCACUACCCCCCCACCCCCAGUCUACACAGUGCCAGCGCCCGUCCUCGGCUCCUCCCCCCGUUUAGACCCCUCAGUCCUGCAGCCCGCCCCCUCCUGUUGGACAUGGUGGAAGCUCAGGAGAACAUGGAGCGUCUGUUCUCCUGAACAUCGAGCUUCUUCUGACCGAAACGUCUCGUUCCUGAUGGACUCGUCAUGAGGCUGCAGCCUCUCGGCCGGCAGAAGAAGAGUGUGUGACGAUGUUAGGGUCGCUCCUCCCGCCGCCUCAUCGGCCAGGCCGAGGCUCUCUGCUGCUGCGGAGCAGAAUCAAACUUUAGGACGAACGUCGUCUUUUUGAAAUGUUUCCUAUCGAUCACACUCGCUCCACCCCUGCACCGCACUCGGCUGUCACCAUGACAACCAGUUUGGACCCAAAUCAGACACUGGACGAUGAUGAUGAUGUUGUUGAUGAUGAUGAUGAUGAUGAUGAUGAUGAUGAUGAUGAUCAGGGUGGUAAAUUAUCCCGCCCCUGCUGUGUGUCGAUGUGUUUAGUCCAACCUGCAGCUCCAAAGCUCCAAAAACAGAAAACAGUGAAAACAAAGUAGAAAGCAGAUGAUUUCCUGAAAAGAUGAGAGGAGGAAAGAAACAUGAAACUCUGUCCAGUUUAUGUCUCAGACAGACUCAUUUUUCAUGGAGACAAAAAACUACAAACUCAGAAAAUCAGAAAUUUAGCAAAAAAUACUUGGCAAGAAAGAAAAUGACAAGAGAGUUAUAUUUGUAGUUAUUAAAGAUCAUUUUACAGGUCUCAAAACAUGCUCGUAAAUUUAAAUAUAAUUAUCUGGGAAAAAGUUUGAGUGGCUGUCCGGCAGACACUGCAGCCGGUGGGGGGGGGGGCAGAGAGAUGAUUUACCACCCUGAUGAUGAUGAUGAUGAUGAUGAUGAUGAUGAAGAUGAAGAUGAUAGUCUUGGCUCUGCUGAAGGAGCUGGUCUGCAUCACAGGGAACGUCUUCAUGGAGAUGCUCCUGCAGUCAUUGCACUUUGGGUUUUUGUUGUGAAAAGCCUCUAUAGUUUACUGAGGCUGAAUGUGAGGCGGCGUCCACGCGGAGACUUCACGACACCACGUGGAGACCCUAACCCUAACACCACGUGGAGACCCUAACCCUAACACCACGUGGAGACCCUAACCCUAACACCACGUGGAGACCCUA